GCGGGUGGACAAAGGCCCCACCAGGCACCGGAGGGCAGUGUCCCUCCGCCCCUACGUCUGCCCGGUGAGAGGAGUGCCAGGAUCAAGGCCCAGACCAUGUCCCAGCUGGUGGAAUGUGUUCCCAACUUCUCAGAGGGGAACAACCAGGAGGUGAUUGACGCCAUCUCCCGCGCCGUGGCGCAGACCCCGGGCUGUGUGCUGCUGGACGUGGACGCUGGCCCCUCCACCAACCGCACUGUCUACACGUUUGUAGGGCAGCCCAAGGACGUGGUGGAGGGGGCCCUCAAUGCCGCCCGGGCUGCCUUCCAGCUCAUCGAUAUGAGCCAGCACAAAGGGGAGCACCCUCGGAUGGGCGCCCUGGACGUGUGCCCCUUCAUCCCUGUGAGGGGCGUCAGCAUGGAUGAGUGUGUGCUCUGCGCCCAGGCCUUCGGCCAGCGGCUGGCGGAGGAGCUCGGUGUGCCAGUGUACCUCUAUGGGGAGGCGGCCCAGACGGCCAGUCGCCGGACCCUGCCGGCCAUCCGGGCUGGGGAGUACGAGGCCCUCCCUGAGAAGCUCAAGCAGGCCGAGUGGGCGCCCGACUUCGGCCCCAGCUCCUUUGUCCCCAGCUGGGGGGCCACGGCCACGGGGGCACGGAAGUUCCUCAUUGCGUUUAAUAUCAACCUGGUCAGCACCAAGGAGCAGGCCCACCGCAUUGCCCUCAACAUUCGGGAGCAGGGGCGUGGGAAGGACAAGCCAGGACGCCUGAAAAAGGUUCAGGGCAUUGGCUGGUACCUGGAUGAGAAGAACCUGGCCCAAGUGUCCACAAACCUCUUGGACUUUGAGGUCACAGCACUGCAUACAGUCUACGAGGAGACCUGCAGAGAAGCCCAGGAGCUGAGCCUGCCAGUGGUGGGGUCGCAGCUGGUGGGCUUGGUGCCGCUGAAGGCCCUCCUGGACGCUGCCGCCUUCUACUGCGAGAAGGAGAAGCUGUUCAUCCUGGAGGAGGAGCACCGCGUCAGGCUGAUACGUGUUUUUUUCCCAAUUCUUUAUUUAAAUUCAGUGGUGAACCGGCUGGGCCUGGACUCUCUGUCCCCUUUUAACCCUAAGGAGCGGAUCAUCGAGUACCUGGUCCCCAAUGGUGGGCCCCAGCAGAGCCUGGUGGACAAGCCCCUGUGUGCCUUUGUCCGUGAGGUGGGCGCCCGCUCUCCGGCCCCGGGGGGCGGCUCCGUGGCAGCAGCCAGUGCAGCCAUGGGCGCCGCACUGGCCUCCAUGGUUGGCCUGAUGACCUACGGGCGGCGCCAGUUCGAGCAUCUGGACGCAACCAUGCGGCGCCUGAUCCCACCCUUCCACGCGGCCUCAGCCGCGCUGACUCAGCUGGUGGACGCUGAUGCCCGGGCCUUCCAGGCCUACCUGGAAGCAACAAAGCUGCCCAAGAACACACCUGAGGAAGGGGACAGGCGUGCGGCGGCCCUGCAGGAGGGGCUGCAGCAGGCGGUGGCCGUGCCUCUGGCGCUAGCAGAGACGGUGGCCUCACUGUGGCCGGCCCUGCAGGAGCUGGCACAGUGUGCAAACCUGGCCUGCCGGUCGGACCUGCAGGUGGCGGCCAAGGCCCUGGAGACGGGCACGUUUGGUGCGUAUUUCAACGUGCUCAUCAAUCUGAAAGACGUCGCGGACGACGCGUUUAAGGACCAGACCCGCCAGCGUAUCUCCAGCCUCCUGCAGGAAGCCAAGACCCAGGCAGCGCUGGUGCUGGAGCGCCUGGAGGCCCGGCAGGAGUGACAGCGCGUGGAGAGACUGCGUGGACUCUGCAGCCCUCGGUGCCCCUCCCCCUUCCCGGCAGCCUCCAGACGGGGUCCCCGUGGGCCCAGAGUGGGCGGCGGGGGGCGGGUCAGGGGCAGCUUUUAGUAAAAUCACAACCCACCAG